AUGACCUCCCCCGCCCAUGCCGCACAAUCACUCACUCCUGCUGCAGUUCAAGCGGCCUAUGAGCUCAUUCAACCCUAUGUGCACCGGACGCCACUGCUGACCUGCAAUACCCUCGACACGAUCGCCUCCACGCCGCAAACCCCGGAGGCGCUCGUCGGAACACCAUUUGAAGGCCAGACCCCAGCUCAACCACGGUUCCGAUUCUUCUUCAAGUGUGAGAAUUUCCAGCGAAUUGGAGCAUUCAAAGCACGAGGCGCCUUCCAUGCACUCCUGCGAUUGUUGGAGGAGCGCGGGGACGAGGUGAAACAACGCGGGGUGAUUACGCACAGCUCCGGAAAUCAUGCGCAAGCCCUCGCUCUCGCAGCCUCAACCCUAGGCGUCCCAGCUUACAUUGUGAUGCCCCGGAUCAGUACACCGAGCAAGAUCGCUGGCACCCAAUCCCAUGGCGCAGAAGUGAUCUUCAGCGGUUCGACUAGUGUAGAGCGAGAGGCCGUGGUGGCCGACAUCCAGGCAAAGACAAAUGCCAUUCUGGUGCCACCAUACGACCAUGUGAAUAUCAUUUGCGGGCAAGGCACAACAGCUUUGGAACUAGAGGUCCAACACACCGAGCAGGUCGGGUCUCGAGCUUUGGAUGCAGUGAUCACACCAAUUGGUGGCGGCGGGCUGAACUCCGGUGUUGCAACCUGGUUUUCGGACAAGUCAACCCGCGUGUUCGGCGCAGAGCCUACCUUUGAAGGCGCAGAUGAUUGCCGUCGAGGAUUGGAGGCUGGAGAGCGUGUUGAGGCCGUGGGUACCUUGACCAUUGCGGAUGGAUUACGUACCCCUGUUGGACUGAUCAACUGGGAGGUCAUCUCCAACAAGAGCCGAGUUGAGGGAGUGUUUGCUGUCACUGAGGCACAGAUCAAAGCAACAAUGCGCUUAGUAAUAGAGCGCAUGAAGACUGUUGUUGAGCCGAGUGCAGUGGUUGGAUUGGCCGUCUGUCUCUUUGAUGAGGAUUUCCGUCGGAAGGUUGAGCGGGAGGGUGGAAAGGAAGGAUGGGAUGUUGGAGUUGUGUUCAGUGGUGGAAACACGACUGUUGAGGCUAUUACGAAGCUCUUUGGUUAA